CAACAGUCCUGCCGGCGUGAUCUGGUGUCUCGGAAAGAAAUACGCGUGACGUCCCACGAUGGUAGAGUAUUUAAUUCCCGGACUACUUCAAUCACAGCUCUCCUUCUUCCGAGACCUUCCUUCUUUCUUCGGUAGUUUCAUUUUGUCGCAGAAAGCGGAAGUCGUCAAGUCAAAAAUGAAGUUCUUCGGGUCUCUGCUCACCGUGGCCGGCGCCGUAAGCGCCAUCAGCGUGCCGUCCAUGACGGUGCCGGCGUGCUCGACCGGGAAGGGAAGCGUUUCAUACGACAAGUCCGUGCCUGACAAGGCCGACUUCCCCAAAACGCAAGUUGAUCUCUGCUACGACGACGCCUCAAUUCAUAUCACUUUCACGGCAUUUAAUGAGACAAACUAUUACUUCAACAGCAGCCAGACGACUAACGACGCCAUUUGGGAGUACGAGGUUAUGGAGGGUUUCUUGUAUCGCGGGACCAACGACCCGCAGACGUACCUGGAAUUCGAGGUGAACCCGAACAACGUCACUUUCCAGGCGUGGAUAUUCAACAAAUCAAAAGUGCGCGCUGCAAGCGCGCCGUUGGACACCUCCUAUCUGACUCAGCCCCUGGUCGACGGUCUAACAGCAGAAACGACCCUCGACAAGGAGGCGCAGACAUGGGUGUCAUCCGCCACGAUUCCCCUAGGACUUUUCAACGUCGACGACGGCCAGGCAGCGGGCACAGAGUGGCGGAUGAACUUCUUCCGCACUGUCGUGUCGCCAGAUACGUACCCGGACCAGCUCCUCGGCGCGUGGAACCCGACGAACGAGUCCAAUUUCCACAUGACGCCUUUCUUCGGCCAAGUCUCUUUCAUUUAACGGAGCGACUAACUGGCUAGCAGUUGUUUCCAACCUCUACAGGUUGGCGCAUACUAAAUAAUAUAUUAAUUUCGACUUGCGUUGAAACUAACGUCCCUCAACAUUGACUCAAACUGUAUUAAAGAUAAAAUGCUCUAAGUAUAUCGGGUAUAUGAAAGAUAUGGCUGGUUCGUAGCACAGGAAAAGGCGUUCCGGGCCAAUUUAUGCGAGACGCGACUCUGUAAAUUCAUUGGCCUUCACCCGCGGUGCUACUUAGCGGGCCGUUUGGAAUCCUCCCGUGAAAAUAAUGCAUUGCCCUAUCGCUUAAGGUGUAAGGCGAAUUUGUGUAGUUAGCAUUAGUAGAUUUUUCAGACUUUUAUAUUGAAAUGUUGGUUUUAUUGUAUUGUAAUACAGCUCGUAUAUUGAUCUUCCCUACCAUUAUAUAGCUACGUUGUCGCCUUUGACGAAGCUGAGACGUUAAGUUCAUCUAGGUAAUUAUGCAUUAGUAACACGGUACGUCUGCAAAUAGGAGAGUUCAAACUUGAGGUGAAGCAUCCUCAGAUACAUCAGCAUUAAACAAUCAGUUGAGGGAUGUACAAUCCGCUCAUCAUGUAUAUGAUUAUCUAAAUCAAUGUUCAUCACAGGAAAUAAUAGCAAAAAGCAAAAUAACG